CUCGACACAGCACUCGAUCGCAACUCUUUUGUACCAUAUUUCCACAGUUAACAUAUCCAUUCUUCUCGCUAUAUACCGCUCGAUUCCGUGUUUGUUCCCCGCCAAUUCCCACUCGGCGAAAUGUCCGGCGAGAAACGGCCUGCUCAAGAGGCCUUCGGGUCGGCGAACCAGCUUGUUGUGAAGCGCAAGAAGUCUGAUGGGGAUUUGAAUACCGGAUCGGCUGUGGUGAAGGGCUCGUCGCAAAAUGGGGCUCUCAUUCAGUCGGUCCCCCGCACCAGUGGGCUCGACGCGCCGAUUAUGGAAUUGACGGGCCAUUCAGGUGAAGUCUUCGCCGUGCGAUUCGAUCCUUCUGCGCAGCAUAUCGCAUCCGGCUCGAUGGAUAGGUCGAUCCUACUUUGGAAUACAUACGGGCAGUGUGAAAACUUUGGCGUUCUAUCGGGCCACCGCGGUGCGGUCCUUGAUCUACAAUGGUCGCGAGAUUCGAAAUCGUUAUUCUCCGCCUCCGCGGAUAUGACACUUGCAAGCUGGGAUUUGGAGACCGGGCAAAGGAUUCGUCGCCACGAGGGCCACGAGGAAAUCAUCAACUCCUUGGAUAUCAGCAAACGAGGCCAGGAACUGCUGGUCAGCGCAAGCGACGACGGCACCAUAGGGAUCUGGGACCCCCGACAAAAGGAGGCCAUUGACUAUUUGGAAACGGAGCUGCCCAUCACGGCCGCUGCCAUUUCGGAGGCAGGAAACGAGAUCUACAGCGGUGGCAUCGAUAAUACUAUUCAUGUGUGGGAUCUGCGGAAGAAGGCCGUGGCUUACUCCAUGCACGGCCACACGGAUACCAUCACUUCCCUUGAGAUUUCGCCCGACUCCCAGACUUUAUUGUCGAACUCGCAUGACUCGACGGUACGAACCUGGGACAUCCGGCCGUUUGCGCCUGCCAAUCGGCACGUCAGGACAUUUGACGGUGCCCCGAUUGGUCUCGAGAAGAACCUCAUCCGGGCUAGCUGGGACCCCUCGGGUGCCAAGAUUGCUGCAGGAAGCGGAGACCGGAGCGUUGUGGUGUGGGACUCCAAGACCGGGAAGUUAUUGUACAAGCUUCCUGGGCAUAAGGGGACAGUUAAUGAUGUGCGGUUCUCGCCGAACAACGAGCCUAUCAUUGUCUCUGGUUCGUCUGAUCGCACUCUUAUGCUUGGUGAACUGGGCAAGUGAACAUAUUUUCCCACUAUAUCAUCUGAAUUGUCGGUUUACCAUACUGUCUAUUCACACAAGCAUUGGAGUUUCCGUCUCAGACGCAGUAAACCUCGAAUGUUGCGACCAGGGGGAUGGCCAUUCUCAGUCACACAAACGGAACCCCGUCAGCCAGUGCCACAUUACAUGCAAGUGGCCUUGUACGCAUCAUCUCGCGUGCAAGUCCGACUCUGUCAGGCUAUCGACGGUUUCAGCGGACCUGGAAAAGGAGUCAGGGUAUUGCAAUUCAUGCGGGAGAAAAUACGGGUCGAUUUAUUAGCAUUGAGUGUUUCAUGUAAUCAUAUAUUCCCAUAUCUUGACCAUGUCUGGGAUUAAUUUAGGGCAUGUGGCGAAUAACAAG